AUGUUGUCCCAGAUUAUCCGCUUCACGCUCCCGCCGUCCCUUACCAUUUCGGCCCCGGAAUUCCUCAAACUUCGCCAAAAGGUUGUGGCUGCUGGGGCUGCAGAACAGUAUUAUGGCUACACAAUCCCUACUAGGUCAUCACCUCUCCCAAGGAAGAGGCACGAAAUCUGUUGGGCUAUCCAAUGGCCUGAUGCAUGUGAUCGACAUACCGUCAUGAGCGGCCUACGUGAAAUCACGACAGGAGACGAAGCAUCUUUGUUGUUCAAUUUCGAGGCCGCUCAGUUAGCUGAACUUGAAAAGGGGCUUGCGGCACCAGUUUGUGAAUUCGCUUGUAUUCGACUCACAGAUGAAGCCCCCUUAUCCGACGCGGCUCUACAAAAGUCCAUGGAUAAAACUUGGUCAGACACAUACCAAAUUCUGGGGUUCACAGGAGGAAACUGGGCAUACGCCAGCAACACCAACGAAUCCAGCGGAGCACCUCUCAAUUCCACUCCCGAUGAGGUGAUUGCGCAGGGCGAGCGAAGGCUCGGCGUAUAUUUUCUGGGAUGGGAGAGCAUCGAGCUUCACCAAGACGGAACAGAGACUCCGGUAUUCGCUGAGGAGAUUCGCAAGUUGAUGCCAUACUUUGGCCCUGGGAGUGGUGCAUGGUAUGUUAAUUUUAGGAAGCACUAG